AUGGUACGCUGCUCUAUCGAGCAGCGGGAGGAGUGCCUUUGGGAUGCGGCACUCUUUGCGUUGUGGAACAUUACCUGGAUUUGGAUUCAGAUCCUCUUCACCGCCAGCUGGGAAUUUGCUGUGGCAUAUCUUGCUGCAGAAUGGUACCUGGAAGGUGGCUUUCAUGAAGAGAAUCACUUUCAGAAAGGCAAGAUUGGGCUGAUCCAGUGCUGCAGACAAUGCCAUGUCUGGUGGGCAUUAUUCCGAUAUCACUUCGGAACCAUGGUCAAAGCUUCUGUAUUCAUUGGCAUUCUGCGGCCAGUUCGCUUCGUCCUGGGCAGCUUGACAGCUGUCGCGCGGAUUGAAGCUAACCCAGUGGCAGGCAUCAUUCUCUGCUGCUGUGGCUGUCUCGUGGACGUGUACGAGCAAUAUUUCGAACGACUCUCAGCCAAUGCCUAUAUCGAGGUGGCCCUCUCUGGGGCAAACCUCGAGACAGCUGCCUUCGAAGCCGGCGAGGUCAGUGCGCGUCAGACCAACACGGCGAGCAAUUUGAAUGGUACGACAUUCAUCUUUCAGCUUGUGGGCUUGGCGCUCAUAUGGUGGGCGGGUUACUUCAUCAUGUGGAUGAGACUCGGCAUCUCUGAGUGCAGACUACACAUGGGUUUGAAAAUGAAGUCCUUAUACUUAUACCUAUGCCUAUACACCCUUUUAAUGGGAAAAUAA